CUGCAAACUUAUACGGUCCGUUGAAUGCUUCCCUCUGUGAUAUGUUCCAAGGUGAUCUGAUGUAUCGCCAUCUAUUUGAUUCAUGCACAGUCCGACGCUGGAGGAACGCGACAUCUUUUGAAAGCUUACCUGCGCUAUACCGUUUGGGGCUAAAGCAACCGAUCUAUGUAGUUGACCUGCCGCUCUACAUCAAGUGGCUCAGCUCCAAUUUGAUGGCGCUAAACCUACCCCAUAGCCAGUGCAAGUUUAACGGAUAUGUCGGCCGAAUUAAUAGCGCUAGUCAGAACCUUGAAAAAUAA